GAAUAACAAGAUGUAGCGUAUUUGCAGAUAUUUCAAGUUGUCUCUAAAUAAAAAUAACCGCAAACAUGAAGUCUACAACCCUUAUCCUCUCAGCUCUCGUUGCCAGCUGCACCGCAUUGGAGCCCACACCCAGUAACUGCGAUGUUACCAUCACUAGCACUGCCUAUGGUCGCCAGACGGAUGGCUGUCGCCAUGACUGCCGCUUCAAUGGUUGCAUCGGACAAGCCGCCUAUUAUCUCCCCUGUGGGUGCACAUCAGCUACUGUGCAUACCAUCACCGCAAAGGUCUGCGCUACCGAGUUCCCCUGCUACGGCUGCCGCUACGGCUACUAUCCCAUCACGCGAACCGAUUGCCCUGGUGCCAGCGAGACCAAGUAA